UAUUACUUUCCUUUCUCGUAUCCCGGCCUCUCCCGGAAGUUGGUCUCCUCACCCUUCAGCUAGCUCCUUCCUACGAACAGAGGUCAACUACCCGCACGCCGGCCAAUCACCUUCACAGUCAGAGAUCGCGGUGCAGUGAGACAUGGAGAUGGCCGCGGCGACGAGGGAUGGAAAGAAUGGCGGCGUCCCGGAAUGGCGGGUGACGGUGCCGGAGGGCGCGUCGGUGACGGUGGAGCACGAGGUCUGCCGGGCCGCGCGGGCGUGGGCGUGGGUGGUUUCCUGCGUGGUCGUGCUCGGGGAGAAGGUGUCCGGCUUCGCCAAGCGGAUAUGGAAGAUCGGCGCCGACGAUCCCCGGCGGGCGGUGCACGGCCUCAAGGUGGGUCUCGCGCUCGCGCUGGUCUCGGUGUUCUACUACACCAGGCCCCUGUACGACGGCGUUGGCGGCGCCGCCAUGUGGGCCAUCAUGACGGUCGUCGUGAUCUUCGAGUACACCGUUGGUGGCUGUGUGUAUAAGGGGUUCAACCGAGUCGCCGCGACGGUCAGCGCCGGCGCGAUCGCGCUCGGCGUCCACUGGAUCGCGGCCAACGCCGGCCACGAGCUCGAGCCGUUCAUCCGCAGUGGAUCGGUUUUCCUGCUCGCUUCCAUGGCGACGUUCUCGCGGUUCAUACCCACGGUGAAGGCGCGAUUCGACUACGGCGUGACCAUCUUCAUCCUGACGUACAGCCUGGUGGCCGUGUCGGGGUACCGCGUGGAGGCGCUCCUGGCGAUGGCGCAGCAGCGGGUGUGCACCAUCGGCAUCGGCGUCUUCAUGUGCCUCUCCGUCUGCGUGCUCAUCUGCCCCGUGUGGGCGGGGCAGGAGCUGCACCGCCUCACCGUGCGCAACAUGGAUAAGCUCGCCGGCGCCGUGGAGGCCUGCGUGGGGGACUACUUCGUGGAGCAGGCGGACGGCAAGCAGCAGCCGCCGUCCGCCGGGGCGGACGGGUACAAGUGCGUGCUCAACUCCAAGGCGUCCGAGGACGCGCAGGCCAACCUGGCGCGGUGGGAGCCCGCGCACGGCAGGUUCGGCUUCCGCCACCCGUACGAGCAGUACAAGAACGUCGGCGCCGCCAUGCGGCACUGCGCCUACUGCGUGGAGGCCCUGAGCGGGUGCGUCCGCUCAGAGAUCCAGGCGCCCGAGCACGUCAAGCGGUACCUCGCCGACGGUUGCACGACGGUGGCGGCGCGGUGCGCGCGGGUGCUCGGGGAGGCCGCGAGCUCCGUCGGCGCAAUGACUACGUCGUGGAGCCUGGAGUUCGCCGUGGCCGACAUGAACACCGCCGUGCAGGAGCUCCAGAGCGACCUGAGGGAGCUCCCGUCCAAGCUGGCGGAGGAGUCGCCUGCGACGGUGAUCGACGCCGUGCAGCUCUUCACGGUCACUUCGCUGCUGAUAGAGGUGUCCACGAGGGUGGAGGGCGUCGUGGACGCGGUCGACACGCUCGCCAGCCUUGCCGGCUUCAGAUCAGCGGACGCGAAACCUGAAGCUUCAGAAACCGAAACCAAAGUGAUCAAUCCAGACUCGGACGAGGAAGCACAUUGAACAUGAUUAAUCGGAUCCGGAUGCAGGUCGGAAUUGAUCCCAGCCAGAUGAGUGGAGCCGGGCAGAUUAAACUGGUUCCACGAUGGCGUUCGCGUGAUCUGACAUAUCAUUCUUUAUCUGAUUAUUCCUGCUCGCAGCAUGUGUCAUUUCAAUCCCGAUUGAUCCAGCGGUGACAGAGUGACCGAGUUAGAUCAGUGGCGAAUAAAAAAAACGUGAACACUUGGCCCAGGUCAUUUAGUACGUGCAUAAUAAGUCCCCUCCCAAUAAAAAUCUACCUGCAGUGAUUCAGUAAGUGUUUAGGACAUCUACAAUACAGAGUGAUUACAAUGUA